AUGUGUUGUGGUCUCUCAUGUGAAAAGUUUUUUUGUGGUUAUUGCGCCGAUGUGAUCGGUCGACACAGAUAUGAUGGACACAGCACGCGGCUGUUGUUGUUGCUGCUCUCGAUGAACUUUGCGCUUUGUUUAGCUACGACAACAACGACGACGAGGAGCAGUGGAGGGACGACGGUGGAGGGCAGCACCGACGACGACGACAAUGAAGUGGAGUGGAGUGAAGAGGGUGGCAACAUCGACGACGACGAAGAGAGAGCCACCACAACUACUGUACUGGUCAACGCUCGCUACAACGUCAACACAUAA